UCCCAGCGUUCUUGGGAGCCCUCCACGCAUUCUCCAGAAUUCUCGCUCCUUUUACAACACAUUCUUUUCGUCUUUUCGUCAUACCCAUCCAUCCAAAUGGACCACUCACGUCCUGUCCUGUCAUCUCAAAGAUACUCUCCAACAUCAGACUACGCAUACGAAACCGAUCACGAACUAAUGCCUAUGACACGACAGCCUCUUAGUAAAUCCACGGGCAACGUUCAAUCACAUAGUCUGGCUACUCUGGCGCUGUGUAAUCACUCCUUAUCACCACCUCUGCAUUCUAUACCAACACCACCUAUAGUCCCAAUACAGGCUUUGACCUCGACUUAUGGGACAAGCUUUCGAGGUGGACGCUCUUUACACCGAGAUGUAUCGUUACGAGAGUCACCAAUGGGUUAUCCGAGGGGCAGAAAAAACCCCAUCUAUGCUUAUAAGCACUUCGCCGAUUAUCGUAAUAAAGUAAUGCAAAAGGAGCUCGAAAAGGAAAAACCGAUAUGGCCGCUAUGGUUGGAGGAUGCCUUCCUCGAUGCUCUCCUUUUAAUCCCACAGAUGGGCCGGAAGAAGUUCAGCUCAAAGACCAUCCUUUACGGGCGGAAUAUGCUCAUCACAGAAUAUCUAUGGAUCUACCACUGGCUCUUACAUCCCCCACAGAACGGAGAGGCUAUACCAAACAGACAGGAAAGGGAAAAGGAUCCGGACGAUCCGAAAGGAAAACCUCACCCAAUGUACAGGGGGCGAAAGCAGGUAUCAAGCCAUAUCCAAGUUUUGAAAGGCUUCUUCGCUACAUUGGUCACUUUCAACUUCAUAUUUCCAAGCAAAAAAGACGCCAAGGAAGAAGAUAGAAAGUUAAUAAGGGACGAUGACGACACAGAAUCCUUCAAGAACAACCGAGUGCUCAUCUCCAUAGCCGACGGUCGCCUUCCCGAUGAAAGGCCAAACUAUGAGUACUUCGCUCGCCUUCUCAGUGCUGAUAAUGAUGUUUUCCUGCGACCAAAACAAUGCUGGAUCUUCGUCUCGUCGUCUCAAGUCAUCCUCAAAGAGAAGCAUUUGAAGAUGGACGACGGCACUACGAAGAAGCAGGUUACAGGAUGUACGCCUAGCGGGCACUGUCUCAGAGAGUCGGACUACCCUCAUCUCAAGCUUAAUGACGGUAAGGAAUACAAAGACUUACCACGAAACGGGGACCAACCGACUGUGCUUUUGCACGAAUACACAAGGUCACUCGCGCAAAAGGAAUCAUCUUCAAUUAAAGACAUAUCCAAUCGAUGGGAUGUCCAUUUCCCUGAGCUCAGAGAAAAGCUCCUUGCUGCACUAGACGACACGCACCCAUCGGACGAGAGGACAUCACGGUGUGUUGUUGGACCCUGCGACACUUUCCAAUUCGAAGUGACGCUUGACUUGCACGCAACGUCCAAAUUUCCUGACGGAUCUGAGCUCAAUGGCAUGGUUGAGCUCUCGAUAAACAGGCCUGAACUACACAACCAGAGCUGGAGGUCUGUGACUUCUGUCGUAAAGCCAGAAGAGCUUCAUAUCUCCGGGUCAGAACCUGACUUCUGGGACCGCAGCAACCCUGUUGAGGUUAUCGUCUCACAUCGUGUUGGCUGCAAUGGCAUAGGGCGAUGCGAUUGCGCAUCUCGUGGCAGCCGCGAUACUAUCGGCGUUCCGUUCCCGGCUGCGAGCUGGGCUAAUACUUUUAUUAAACUAGCACCAUACGUGACGGCGGAACGGGAACGUCGAGAACGCAAGGGCCGCGAGCAGGAUUCUACUAGAGCAUCCCAGCCUUCCCGAGCAGAACGCGAAAGCGCAAGAACGAAGAAGGAAGACAGCGGAUCGGACAAGGGUGGCAACAAAAUGCCAACUCCCAAAGAACUCUUGUCUCAGGUGGCUAUGUAUCAAGAGAUCUGGUCUGCACCCAAUGAGGGCCCUGGCAAUGGUAUCGAAGGUGGGAAGCGCGGAUGGACAAGGCGCGCAGUCAUAUUAUGGACCUUCGUCCCUGUACACGACAAGAAGAACGAGAAGGGAAAGACAGUCACCGUCGCCCCCGGCACGAAUUGGCGCUUUCUAACCAAGAUCGACCCGACAUCUGAAUACCACCAGCAACGUGCGUAUAUGCCGGGCUCACCUUCGGUCUCUCGUGAUAAUGUUAUGUCGCCUAAUCCUGGUUACCAGGCCCACCUUAACGCCUCCAUGCACGAGAAUCUAAGCGCGGCGUAUGAGGCUGCUCCUGUCCUACCAUCAAGCACAUUGCCAAGUCAGCACCACCAACAUUCUCAGCACGCUUCGCAUCAUCAUAGUCACCCUCACAGCAAUAACCAUAACCAUAACCAUAUACCCCCGGGCCUAGAUCUCCUGGAAGGCUUUGAUAAUGGCCUCGUUACACCGCCACCUACGGCAUCGCUAACGGGCGGUUAUCCACAUAACUUUGACGAUAAUGCCAGCGGGGACUCGACACUUCAUCAUCAGUUGAGCUUCAUAUCAGAUGCCACGAGCGGUGCCGGAACCAACACUAUCCCUGCCGAGAUUACCGGCGGCAGUAGUCACAGCGGCAGCAGUGCUGGCACAGAUCAUUUCCUCUCCGGCUUAGGCGUACCCGUAUCAUCAUACGAAGACAGCUGGACAGUCUCAGCGCAAAGCAACGGUCUUAGCCUCGACACUACAAGUUGGGGAGUGGGCGUCAGCUGGGCAGAUCCCACAGGCGGUCUAACUAGUGCAACUACAAGCGCCUCAACAGGAGAACCGUUAUGGGCUAAUUCUCUCCCCGGUACCGUUAGCGAACACAACUCCCGUGACACCAGCUUCAGCGGCGCGAGCAGUUCGCAUUGGGGCGGCCCCGGAGCCGAGGAGAAAGAAUCCUCCCUAUGGGCGAGCAAGACAGAGCACAGUUCUCACCAUCAGUACGCCGCCCAACAGCAGCAACAAGACCCAUGGGCCUCGUGGCAGGCUGCAAGCACGGACCAGCCUACUUGGAACAUGGAUACACAAGAUUUUGCACUAGACCUGGGAGCCACGAGCAACUCAGGGUUGUCGCAUACGAAUAUGCGGUCCCACCCGCAGACCCAGGUCGCAGGGCGUAAGCGCUCGCGCGCGGAUAGCGUUGGUGCGGGUGCCGGGGACGAUACAGUGUACCCCGUGCACUCUAUGCGGAAGCUGUCACAUCCGACUGCCCUUCCCAGCGGCCGGGGUCAAGCGCAAGGGCGGACAGGCCAGACCGCGCCCACCGCUGUUAUGGAUGGUGGGCAGCAGGGCUACUUGUAAAACUGCAUUGUCCAUCUACCUAACCUAGGUACUCUUUCUUACCACAUUUUACUGUUGAUCUCCGGUGUACACUAUUAUUACUACUAUUACUACUAUUACGGUCUACGGUUUUCGGCGCUCGUCAACUUAGGUUAGGUGUAGUCAUAUUUUGGAGUAUAGCUUUGAUUAGCAUGGCAUGCACUUACUUGUAUUAUUGGCAGGUAGGCGUUCUACUUGGGGUUUCUCUGCCGGCCUUUGAUCAAGCGCCGCUGGUUCUUUCGGGGAAAUUAGGAAAUGGGACGGUUCGGCGGUAAACGGUGUUUGUAUUAAUUUUGAUCUUUUAUCGUGGACUUGCAUCUAUGCAACUAUAUUAUAUCACAUCUAUAGUUAUUGAAGUCUAAAAUCCUUUCAGUGAUAUCCGCCCCCCCUACAUGCUGUAACUAAUGCAUGUGACAUCAACUAUUCAAAUCGUCUAGUCUUAAUUAUUGUGUCCGCCAUCUAAGAUGAGCAGA